UUACAGUGUAAAUUCACACCCAUUUAUUCCUUCAAAACGCUGACAGUUCUAUCGUGAAGAUGUACCGUUUGGAAAGUUUAACUUUGAUCCUCAGUUUAUUUGUCUGUGUUGUGUAUACUGAGUCCCAAUCAGUGUGUAAUCUGGAAAAUAUAAAAGAUUGUUGUAGUAAUGAAGCUAAAAUGAAUGCAAAACUGUAUAUACAGAAUGAAUCACCGGAAGCUGAUUUUGAAAAAGUCAUGGGUUAUUACAAUGAUCUGUGUCGUUAUCGAACAUUGAAUGAACAAGCAACAUAUAUUAAAAAUGAAUAUGAAAAGCUAGAAAGUGCAGAUUUAAGGCAGUUGUUUGCAGUAACACCAAGACCGCUGAGAAAACCUCAAACUCCACCUACAAAUCCACCUAAAAAGUCACCACCACCACCACCACUACCUAAACCAAAGCCAUAAUUGUGUCCAGAACAACAGAAAAUGAAAGUUUUUUAAACAUUUCCGACAAUAAAAUACAGAUGUA